CCUACAAAAACCCCCCUUUCCUUCCUCAUCUCCGUUUCGUCUUUCCCAGUUUCAGCCAUCUCUACUGUGCCUCAAGCUGCCACUUUGUUUUUAGUCAAUUCUUGUUGUUUGGUCACCGAAAAAGGAAUAGUGUUCUCUCUACAAUUUGUUUGGCUUUCAUCUUUUUCGCAAAUUGGAAACGAUGCUGCACCUUCAUGCUCUCUUUUACCACUUCUACUUCCUAUUUCUCUCCAUUUUCUCCUAUUACCUCCUCAUCUCCAAUGGUAGUCUCCACCGUGGCUAGGCUUCUUAUCUUCACGCUGAAUUGAGUUUUAACACUCUACGCUUCAAACGAACAAAGGAAUAGCGUUCUCUCUACAAUUUAUUUGGCUUUCAUCUUUUUCGCAAAUUGGAAAUGAUGGAAUCUGGUAAGGAGUUUAAAGCUUUUUCUCUAUGCAGUUAAUCUGUUAGGUUCCAUUGUUUUUAAUGCUUCGUUCUAAUUCAGGAAUUUCGUUAAACCAUUGAAGUUGUUUCUGUAUAAGCUUAGAGAUUUAGUGUUCAUUUUCUUUAAUUAAAUGAAGAAAUUAUAAAGUUCAUUGAAACGUCUAAGGAUUUUGAUUGUGAUGAUUAAGUUUUGUAAUUUGGGGCGGAACUUCUUUUUUUUUUAAUGACAGUUUUAGUUAUUUAAGUUCACUUGUUGAGUAGAAUUUGUUUAUGUGAUUUAGUAGAAAAAUUGUUUCACUUGUUGGAGUAAUCUCAAGGUAUGCUAUCAAUAAGCUAUUUCGAGAAGCCCAAACUAGGUGGUUGAGGCCAACAGAAGUGUUCUUUAUACUACAGAAUCUUGAAAAAUACUAGAUCAUUUGUGAGCCUUCUCAAAAGCCUGCAAGUAUUAUCCAUAAUCAUUUAAUUUUAAUUAAAUUUUUGUAAUUUUAUAAAUUACAUGGCAUUAA